UGAACCAGAACAUGGGAGCCCUCUACCAAGACCCUCCUCUUGUACAAGACCUCAAAGUGAGCAUCAAGGAGUCUUCUCUAAUCUUUCCAUCCCAACAAACCAACAGAAAAUCCUUGUUCUUGACAAACAUCGACCAAGUCCUCAACUUCAGCGUUGAAACAGUCCAUUUUUUCCCACCCCACAGCCAUUUUCCACCCCAAGUUGUGACUCAGAAAAUCAAAACUUCAUUUUCUCAGCUCUUAGUGGCCUAUGACUUCUUGGCUGGAAGGUUGAAGAUUUGCUCUGAAAAUAAUGGCCGUUUGGAGAUUGAUUGCAAUGGCGCUGGGGCUGGCUUUGUGGUGGCCUCUAGUGCCUACUCUUUGGAUGAGAUUGGAGACUUGGUUCACCCAAAUCCUGCUUUCCACCACUUGGUUUCUAAGUCUUUGGAUGGCUUGGAGCCUCAUGACCAUCCGCUUGUCAUUCUCCAGGUUACUUCAUUCAAAUGUGGUGGUUUUGCAAUGGGCUUCUCAACGAACCAUUCCACACUCGACGGCUUGAGCUUCAAGAUGUUCCUAGAAAACUUGGCAGCUCUAGCUGCUAACAUGCCCCUGGCUGUGACUCCCUGCCAUGACAGACGCCUCUUGGCCGCCCGAUCCCCUCCACGUGUCACUUUCCCACAUCACGAACUCCUCAAGCUGCCCUCUCCCGACUCAUCGAACGCACCACUCUUUGAAGCCACCCCACRGGAUCUCCACUUCAACAUCUUCAAACUAACUGCCAUGGACAUUGCUGCCCUUAAGCACAAGGCGGGGCCCACCACUAGAUGCGGCGGAGACGGCAGCGAGAAUMUUCGCAUCAGCAGCUUCAAUGUCGUCACCGCGCUCGUCUGGCGAUGCAAGGCACUAUCGUUCGAUGCAGAGAACAACCGUGAAAGACCGUCCACGUUGCUCUACGCUGUGGAUCUAAGGUCGAGAUUGGAGCCUCCAUUGCCAAAGUCGUAUUGCGGGAACGGAGUGUUGACAGUGUACRCCACUACGAAAUGCAAGGAGCUAGAAGACGGGCCGUUUUCGAGGGUGGUGGAGAUGGUGGCGGAGGCAGCGGCGAGGAUGACGGACGAGUACGCAAGAUCGGCCAUAGACUGGGGAGAGCUUUACAAGGGGUUUCCAAAUGGGGAGUUCUUGGUGUCUUCAUGGUGGAGAUUAGGGUUUGCAGAGGUUGAAUAUCCAUGGGGAAAGCCAAAGUAUAGUUGUCCUUUGGUGAAUCAUAGGAAGGACAUCAUAUUGCUGUUUCCUGACAUUAAUGGAAGUGGAAAAAGCAGUGGAGUGAAUGUUUUGGUGGCUCUUCCCAAGAAGGAGAUGGAGAAAUUUCAAACUCUCUUUCAGGAGUUUAUGGCUUAAUAUAGCAACCUACAUUAUGUGAUGAAUUGAAAAAAAUAGAGAUUAUGUAUUCUAUUAUAUAGAUAAUACUCCCUUUCACCUGCAAUGUCACUAUGAACUAUGASUUUGAAUGAUGAAUGAUUAUGUACUAAGUUGAUAUUUAUAUGGAAUAGAGGAUUAUAUAUA